UUGUAUGUAUGGAUAUAAGGGCUUAUGGGGAAGGUGGCUGCAUCUAUCAAGGAGAUCAAAUGGGCCAAAGAGAUUGUCGACGAGAUGGUGAUGACCGCGGCGAAGAGUCUACAAUCAGCGAAUGGGCUUACUGCCAAGCUAUGAUGAUGUCAUGGCGUCUUACUUAUUCCCUUGUAUACUAGCUUCGAAUACUGGCGUCGAUAACAGGGAAGCAUUCUUUAUCUUAAUCUGACUUAUCUCGUGAAGGUAUGGCCCUGCGAGGAGCGACUACUUUCAACGGCAUUCCGCAGGACCGAAGUCUUUAUAUCCUGUCUUCUGACCAGCCACGAUAUGUUAGUUCCCAUGCUACUCUAUACCUGCGCGUUCAGCCUCGCUUGCAUUCAAUUUGUAUUGCUAUUCCAUUAUAUCAGGAGUAGGCGACAGCAACUUUCAGAUUACUUCAAGCUCUCAGGCGUCCCUCCACCAACGCCUCUGCCUCACUUUGACAUAUCCAAAGCCAGACCCCGUCCUUAUCGCCCGUUUCGAUGGCAGUAUAUCCAGCAUAUGUCGCUCAAGAAGAUGGAGCCGGACUGGUGGCUUGAGCUCGAGUCGACGUACUGCGAGAGGAUCGCCCAGAGGAAGGUGCUGUACGCCAAAUACGGGAAGAAGAUCGUCAAUGCACUUCCUGGCAGUGAAGGAGCGUGCAAGGAGCUCAUGGAGAUGGUCAUCCAGUUCCUCACACAUCGGUAUCCCAAUCAAUUCAUCUAUGACGCCAAAGAUGGAGCCCUUGAGAAUCGGAUCCUGGGGACCGUAACACAGACGCGACGCAUUGAUCCGCUAAUCGUCUUACUCGAGAAUGUACCGGAAGAUUUCCUCAUUACCCAAGGAGACGCAAAGACAGGACUGUACUCUCUACGCGCGGGUGUUUCUUGCUCGGCCGUGGGAUGGAAUUUGGGUACGAAAAUCGGGAAGAAUCUCAGCGAGAUACACGUGCCGGUGCCGGAUUACAAGGAGAGGAUGGAGUUUUCCAUGGAUAGGUACUUUAGGAAGAUGCCCUGCGAGAAGCCUAUCCAGCGGGGAUCAUGGGGCCUUGAGAAGGGUCACCCGUUGUUUUUGCAGCCUGACACGCCGGAGUGGGCCGAACGCGAGGAUCCCGGUACACAGGAACAGAUGGAUAUUAGCGACAUAAACCUUCGAGUGGAUUGGCAGACACUUCGUCGGCUACCCGUGUCGAGGGCUAUUGUAUUCAACUUCAAGGCUCUCUUCACGCCGGUGGUGCAGUUUCGGGAGGAACCGUACAUUCCGAAGUUGUUGCUCAAGGUCCUGAAGGAGGGGAAGAAGGAGCUUCUGGAAUAUAAAGGGACGCAAUUGGUUGAGCACGUCGUCAAGCCUAAUCUGGAACAGUGGGCUAAGGAGCAAGAAGAUAAAGGAUGGGUUCCAAAGUCGUGGGAGGAGAGAACGCUAGAUGAAGACCCGUUCUUCCCUGGUUGGCACUCUUGAUACAUCAUCUUGAAGAUACAUGUUCACUUUCGUUUGUCAUUAAUGAAUACACGUUACACAAAAACUAAAUUCGAUGCAGCAAGAUAGCCUAAGAGAAGUAUCUCUACGGGCAUCAUCCAUUGUUAUGUGUCCCUAAUCACGAUUGAGACGUCUUUCAUGGGAAUAAGGCGUGUCAUUCACAACUAACAAAAACAUUUACAUACUUCUUUCAAAGUACCGGCGACCAGGUGCGGGCUAAACCCAAGCGUGGGCAGCUUGACGCGCUACCAUUGCGCUACGACGGCACUCUUAGUCAGUGCA